AUGAGCGGGAGGGCCCGCCUACCAACCAGGCUGGACAAGGGAGGAGACUGCAUGACAAAAGAAGGGGAAACAGGAGCCGAGAGGAGCAGACGGCGCUGUGCUUGGCAGAGAGCAAAUGGGGAGCAAGAAAUCCAUGAGCAAGCCAACUCAACACAACGACCGAAGCAGGCCGAACAACUGCUCGGCACAAAUCGAGAACGUGAGGAAGCACCGGAUGGACCGGGAGAGGAGACUAGGCCUAACCUCUCGCUAAUGAAUAAGGGAGCUGAACACAACGAGUAG